AUGCAGAAACCGAUUUUGUAUUUAACUCAGUUCCUUGUGCUAUUCAGCAUAUUUCAACAAGGAUUGAGCUAUUUUUUGACUGUUGACGCUCAUGCUGAAGAAUGUUUUUUCGAUAAAGUCGAAGUUGGCUCUAAAUUGGGUUUGAUGUAUGAAAUAUCUGAGGGUGGUUUCUUAGAUAUUGAUGUAAAAAUUAUUGAUCCUGAUGGUGAAUUGAUUUAUGAAGGAUUGAGGGAGUCUAGUGGAAAGUAUACAUUUGCCGCUACCAAGAAAGGGGCGUACACAUACUGUUUUAGUAAUCAAAUGUCAACAAUGACACCUAAAGUAGUCCUAUUCAGUAUGGAAGUAACUGAACCAGAAAAAGUAGAUUUAGAAAAAGAUAGUCAAACUGGUGAAGAAGGUGAACAUAAAAAAUUAGAGACCAUGCUUCGAAACCUGGGAUCUGCAUUAACUAGUGUCAAGCAUGAACAAGAAUACAUGAAUGUCCGUGAUAGAAAUCAUAGAGCUAUAAAUGAAUCUACAAAUAAACGCGUUGUCAUGUGGUCGUUCUUUGAAUCGUUUGUAUUGCUCUCAAUGACUGUUGGUCAAGUUUAUUAUUUAAAACGGUUUUUUGAAGUCAGAAGAGUUGUAUAAUGUUUUAAAUGUAUUUAACCUUUUUUUUUA